UACAUUUCGCGACUCAAAGUGACAUACACUUCAGUUGCCAAUUUUCCAAACACAAUAUAGAAUGAGUCAUCAUGAAACAGAAGCGACAUUGUUAAUUUUUAAAUAAUAAAAAAUAGCACGAACACUCUUACUUAAAUUGUAUAUUAUUUUGAUUCUUCUUCCUGUUUGAUUACUUUGAAGGAUUAAAAUAACAUUUUGCUUUAUUCGAAAUUUUAUUUCUUGGGUGGUAACUGGAAAAUUUUCGCCGGACGGAAAAUCUUUGUUGGGGUUGGUGUUGUGUGAUCUCUGCUUGACGCUCUGAUAAAAAAUUUAAAAUAAUUUUUUUAAUCAAAAGGUACAUCCAAUAUUUCUGAUGCAGAGGGCUCCAGCAGGUAGUGUCUCCGCCGGAAGACCUAUAAAAUGUGUCGUCGUUGGCGAUGGAACAGUAGGCAAAACAUGUAUGCUUAUAUCAUAUACUACAGACAGUUUCCCUGGUGAAUAUGUGCCUACUGUGUUUGAUAAUUACUCAGCAGCAAUGAUGUGUGAUGGAAUACUUGUUAGUUUAGGCUUAUGGGACACAGCUGGGCAGGAAGAUUACGAUAGAUUAAGGCCUCUAUCCUACCCACAGACUGACGUGUUCCUCAUAUGCUUCAGUGUAGUUAGUCCGUCUUCCUUUGAAAAUGUUACUUCUAAAUGGUAUCCUGAAAUUAAACAUCACUGCCCAGAUGCUCCAAUAAUUUUAGUUGGGACAAAAAUUGAUUUGCGAGAAGAUAAAGAGACAUUGCAACAAUUAGGAGAGCAAAGCUUAUCUCCCAUUAAAAGGGAGCAGGGUCAAAAGUUGGCAUCAAAAAUUAGAGCAGUGAAAUAUCUUGAAUGUUCAGCUCUUACACAAAGAGGCCUUAAACAGGUGUUUGAUGAAGCAGUUAGAGCAGUAUUGCGUCCAGAACCUCAGAAAAGACAACAAAGAAAGUGCAAACUUGUGUAGUUUUACAGUUUUAAACAUUAGAGUGUAAAAAUAUAUAUAAAGUACAACAUAUAAAAUGCAAGAUGGAGUCAUGACAUACUGAAUCAUUUUGAUUGCAUUGUAUACUUUGUAUUUCUGAAAUGUUUUGUAAAUCUUUUGAGGUGGGCUGAAUUUAGUGAUUUUAAAAAAAAAAAAUCUUUGUAAAGAAGUUAUAUCAUUAUUCUUAAAAGUAUUUCAAAAAUAACUAAGUGUUAUUUUAUAAGCAAAUGACAAUUUUUUUGUAUCUUUUGAUUCAUUUUUAAAGUAAAUUGAAACAGUAAGGAAUAAUUGUUACAUUUAGAUUACAGGGAAAAAAUCUAUGUUCAGAAUUUUAGGAUAAAAUAAAAGUGGCCAAAUAUUUCUUUUUAUGUUUAUAUACAUUUCUCACUUUUUUCAGCCCACUUGUUAAGUGAUGUACCAAUUACAUAAAUUUUUAGAAUUUACAUGUCAAUAAACAUGUUUAUUGUCACCAGAAGAGCUUUUGAAAUGCUCUUUUUUUUGUCUGUUAUUUAAGGAAUAAUUUUUCUUUUGCUUUAAACAUAAAACACAUUAUAUGUAGGCUAAGUAAAAAGAAACAUAACGUUUUUAUAAAUUGUUAUGAUUAUUAAAUAUUGUAAAAUAGUUAUUGUAGAUAUUAUUGUAUUAUUUUAAGUACAAUCUAAUAUUAAUUUAAUGACCGAAAACAUUUAAGUUAAUUAUAAAAUCUAGAAUUAUAUGUAAUUGUUCCUAUAAAUAUUAUUCUCAGUUCUUUAUAUGAUUAUUUUUAUGCAGUAUUUUAGUUAUGAUUUUUUUAUGCAGUCAGAAUCACAUCUACUUUUAAAUAUAUUUAAUGGAACACUUGACAAGUAUGCUAAGAACUCUUGAACUGAGGUUAGUAUAAUUUUUAUAUAUAAUUGAAUCGUGUAAUUUUAAGGAAGGUAAACAAGUUUUUCCAUCUUUUAUUUUAUGGUGCAAUCUGUCCUACUUGAAUUGUGCCAUUAAACCAUACAUUCAAUUAAUUGCAUAUACUUUUUGGUACAUCACUUUCAUUUCGUUGUUUUAAGCCAAACCAAAGCUGAAAAAAAAAUUGCUUAGUCAGUAAAGCGUGUUGCAUGUUUCUUGCAGCUAUAUGUAUGUCUUAGUUUUGUCCAAAUUACACCUCAACUUUUUUUGAAAGAUUUUUUGUUUCUUUUUUAAGCUACUUUGUGAAUAUUUGAAGUGCUGUCUCUUUUCUUUUUUGCGUUAAAUUUUUGUAAAAGUAUUUUUUAAGUUAAUGAGAUUUUAAAACAUUUUGAAAUUAUAAUUGAAAUUUUGAGUCUUAAUUUUGUAAUUUAAUAUUAUUUUUUGAAAUCACUUUUAGCCUGUAAACAAGUUUGUCUGUAAAGGAAUGAGAUUUUCUGAUGCAUAUUUUUUUUGUUGUUGCUAAAGUGAGUAAUAUGUUCACUAAAGCUAAAUUUUUUCAGUUUCAAAAUAAUUUUUACAUUCAAUUAAUAUAUUUUUGUUAUAUAUAAGUAUGACUUUAACAUUUCUUUUUGGAUUUAUCCAUUGCCAAAUUUAGUGCUUUUCUUAAAUAUUUUUAAUGUAAAAUUAAAGUGGAUUUAAAUCAUUUUAAGAAAGUGAAUUUAUAUUUCAUAUUUAUUGUAAGGUAUGUUUAUCGGCUUCCUUUUGUAUACCAUUUCUGUCUUUAAUGUGCUAUGUAUGUCAUUGAUAAUUGGGCAUUUACAUUUUUUAUUGUCAAUUUGUUUUUUGUGCAAUUUUUGUUUUCCUAGAUCAGAUGUUGCUUUCUGCCAGUUUUAAUGAUUUUUGUAUUUGGAAUUGCCUUUGAUUUUAAAAUAUUUGCCUUUUAGAAUUAGAUGUUAUGUAAUAGCAGGAGAUAUAAUGAGAAAUUUUUUUAUUUAUUUGCUAUUUAAAGUAAAGUUAUUGAAUUCUGAAUUGUACAUAACUGUUUCCUAUUUAUAGAUUUGACUACUCAAUUAUGUAAAUGUAUCAAUUAUGCACUGUUAACAUUUGUUAAUAUCACAAGUUUACUGGUGCUGUUUGUUGUUAUACAAAAAAAAACUGUCAGUAAUUUAGGAACUAUCUGUUGGUAAUAUUUUUAUUUUUAACACCCCAAAUUUCUAUUACCACUGGCUGCUCAAACCUCAAUUAAUAUAAUAUAGAUAAACAACAAACAAUCAUAAAAUUACUUGUCUAUAUUUAGUAAAAAAUUGUAUUCAGUUUGUGAUGAAAGCCGAAUUAAAUGUAAUUUUUUAAAAAUUAAAUACUGAAAACCUAUGUGCCCUUUAACAUGAAGGGGCAGACACAGAAUUGAGUUCAUAUGAAAAUAGCUUUUCUUUAUUUAUGAGUUGAUCAAGCUAAUUUUAUAAUACGAAUAAUGAACUAAGUGUUGUUUUUAUGAGAUUGUUAUAUUUUUUGUCUAUAAGUUAGAAUAAAAUCCUAUAUAAAUUGCUUUAACCCCUUAACGAUCAGUUAAUUUUCAAGAAAACGGUCAUAAAAGUGUCUAUUUUUUUGGCUUUUGUUAUGAUUUGAUUUGUUAUGUAUGUUUUAUUAUGUAUUUGAUUAGUGCUGCAACUAGUUUAAAAUAAACUAACUAUCUACAAUUACCUUAAAAAUAUCCUGGUACUGCCAUCAGGUGUGUAAAAUGAGAAAUGAAAUGUUUUCUGUGCGAAGGAAAUGAAUUAGUUUUAUUCUCAUUGGCGCGUUACUACUGAACACUCCAGCCCGUCAAAAUUACGGGAGCGAGAAAUAGCGGACGAAAUUUCACCCCGUCAUUUUCACGGGAGCGAGAAGGAAGGGUUUAAACUUUGCAAUUUUUUUUGUUAUGUAUUCAAAACAAUACCGAAUUCUCCUUUUUAAAAACUGCACAGAUUUUCAUAAUUAUAUAUUCUUCAUUUUGUGGCUUUCAUUUGAAUCAAUCAUAAACUGAAUUUUAUUUUAAACACAAAUAAAAUUUUUCAUAGUAAUAGUUAGUAGUAGGCAGAAAUAUUUUUUUAUUUGUUUACCUUUAUUUAACAGUUUUUUUUCCUAUCCUAAAUAACUAAAUUUAAAUAUUUUCCCCCUAAAUUUAUUUCUGGACUGAUUGUUUUUGGGAAAUACAUUAAUUUUUGAUUUUAUGCCUUAAUACUUUUGUUUUAUCAAAAUGCUCAAAACUAUUUUACAAUGUAAUUUUGCCAAUUUAAAUUCUGGAAUAUAAAAUCAAAUAACACAUAUCAAAUCAACUUUAGAAUUUCAAUCAGAUUUCAAAAUUCCUCUGUGAUUGGUGUGUAUGUGUGAUUUAAAUUGAAUAUGUAAAUUGUAUCAAUAGUUAAUCAGCAGUGAAUAAAAAUGAAUUCUUCAAUUGUAGUAGCUCAGUUUGGUUAAAAAGUUAACAAUAACUGUUUUGUUAUUGAAAAGAUUACUGAGUGGAUUUGAUUUACAUAAUUUUUGAAGUAAGGCAGAAGGCAUAUUUUCUCUUUAUUCAUCAGCUAAAUAAAUUUUUUUCUAUUAGUUGUCAGUCUUGAAAUACCAUUAGUGAAUAUGGUUAAAUUAAAUGUUAUUCAGACUAUUGUUCUAUUGUUUAAUAUUUUUGAGGCUAUAAGACUAUGGUUUAGUCAUUUAGAGACCAUUAUGCCAUUGUUUAAUGGCUUAGACUUUAUUAAGAAAAUAUUUUACUUUACACUUAAAUUAACAGCACUACUUUUCUAAUUUUUUUUUGUAAGAUAUGAUGGAAUGUUUUUUUGAAGUAAUAUUAUUAACAACUGUAUCUUUAUCCUGUUUGCUAUCAUAUGCCAUUGAUCUGUUUUUCUAAGAUAAAUAUUUAUUUAUUAGUUUAGAAGAAUUUUAAAAUACCUUGGUUGUUAUUAAUGAAUUGUAUUUAUUUUUUUUUUGCAUUUGUUUGAAAUGAAUUUUGCAUUUGUGUAUAGUUUUGUAUGCAUAUACUGUGCUUUAUUUAGAUAUGAAUUUUUAUAUAGUACCGUACUUUAUCCAUAUAAAUAUUAUAACUGAAAGUUAUUAUGUCACAUAAAAAUAUGAUUGGCAUUAUUUAUAAAACCUUUUUGGUUGAAGUCAGUAAAAGCUAUAACUGUUAGCUCAAUUUCUAGGAUCUGCAUUUCAUGUUACUGUUUUCCUUAUGAAGAUUUGUCUUCUUUUAUUUCUUAUAAAUGACACAAGUUUUGAAGUAAUAUCAGAUUUUCAUUCAGAGUUUUUUUUUUUUUAAAAAAAAGUAAACUAAAUUGUCUUUACGGCACUGUUUGAAGAAACUGAAUUUUCUUUAAGAUCUGUUAUUUAAAUGCUUUUACAUAGAGUUAAACAGUUACGUGUGUAUCAUUGUUCCUUUAUUUAUAGUAUAUUCUAAGUCUCCAUAUUCGUUGUUUCUAAAAACUGUAUUGUAUGUGAAGCAGUCAUGUAUAGUAGAUAGCAAAUUUGAUAACUUAUUUUUGGUAUUUUAAACUUUGUACCUAUCUAAUCUGCUGCGAGCAUUAAUUGUUGAUUUUAACUGACUUAAUAUUUUACAAGAACUUGCCUAGUCACACUAAAAUUCAAUGUUUAUUGGUAAUUAAAUAAACUUAUAUGAUCUUUU